AUGGUCGAGGACCAGGCCCGUAAGAAGUGGAGAACGGAGCUCACAGGCUCGAAACAACGCCGUGAACGCAAGACUAGCUUCAGGCUGAGGCCUUCAUUGAAUUCCAAGAUUAAUGGCAAGCCGUCUUUGCUCUCUCGCCGAGCUGGGACCAAUGUCGUAGCUAUCGAGGCUUCAAAUUCCCAUACACUCUUUCCGAACUCUUCGAAUACGAUUGAUUUAGUCACCCCGGAACCGACCUACCUAACAACCCCUCCGAAGCCAUCAAGCUCCAUGCCGUCAGCUGCUAUGGAUUCGGGUUACUAUAGUGGGCCGUCUUCGGCAUCUAAACAUGCCAUAUCACCCCAGAGGGCAUCGUCUGCCACAGUGAUUCUCCCGAGCAUCUACACGCAACCAAGCCCCGCGCCUGCUCUUUCAUCGAGCAUCUCAGAGUACCGAUCCGGUAUGCACUACAAGCUGGACAACCAAUUCUUCAAAAAGGUUGUCAAAAAGGAGUAUUCAAACGAUCCUAGGAAGGCCUAUGAAGACCUUCAGCCUGUUAUGCGCCAGAUGCUCGAAAAGCCGGAGGACCGUCAGGUAGUGCAUAAAGUCUACCUCAUCUGCAACUUCAGAAAUAUCACCAUAAGGGGCGAGAAGCGGAUGAUUAGCAAGCCAAGGAGGAAGCCCGGGCACCGGGUUAUCAUGGGUGGAUCUCCGGAGCAGAUGAAUUGGUACUUUGGGCCAAAGGUCGGCUACACUUAG